AAUGUCGUAUGUAUAAUUUAAUAAUCAUUAUGUUUAAUAUAAUUUACCACGUAAUGUUGAAGUAAACAUAGAUAGAAAACUACUAUUGAAUAUUGAUUUAAACUAUCAAUAUAAUAUAUACUUAGUCCGGUUUCUUUGAUAUCAAUUUGGAUAAAAAAUACCGUCGAUAUAUUAUCGAUGGCUGCACCGCUGUUGCUUGCAGCUGUUUUGUCAUUCACUUGAAACUGCAAAAACAAUUAAAUGUUUUGCGAAAAAAUACCUCAAUAAAACCUGAGGAAAAUCGUAAAUAAUCAAAUGUAAGCCUAAUGGCGGACUAAGGUCGCAUAUAGGAAGUGUUCCAAAAUGGCUAGCGAUUAUAGUGCUAGCCAAUUCGUCUCUGCAAAUACAUGUGCAGCAAGUGCAGCGAGCUCUUCCCGCUGGCUAACCGAGGAAGUCUUCAAGCUGAUCGAUAUUGUACAACGCGAUGAGGCCAUCUAUAAUCCGAGACAUAAAUAUUACUUUUGCCGGCCAUACGUGGAGAACUUUUGGCGUGAAGUUGAUUUGAAGUUGGAGAAGAACCCAGGUGCCAGCUUAGCCAAAUGGACUAAUCUGCGCAUUUCAUUUCGGCGCGAAUACACCAACUAUUUGGAAGAGAAAGUUCCGCCCUGUUGGUCAUAUUUUGACCGGAUGUUCUUCCUGCAUCCAUACCUGCGUAAAAAACAUCAACAGCCCAAAUCGUUGGACACACAGGUACAAGAUGCAUUGGCCCAUCUGAGCAGUCUCUCAAGUCGAAUGCAGCGGGAACGAGCAGUUAAUACGUGUACAGCGGCAAGUUCAACCAACACUAGCAACACGACUCAAGUGAAUCCCAAUGGAGCUAUUCACUCGGCGCAGCAAUCACCGCAACAGCAGCCACUUGACAAUUAUUUGGACUAUUUCGAUGAGCACGAUCAUAACAACUCGGAGCUUGAUGAGAUUAUUGAUGAGGAGCACCGGGUACGUUUUCAAAAUCAUACGCUUGACAACAAUGACAUCAAAUCGGAGUGCGAGGAGCCAGUCGAUGACUACGAAGCCGACCAAGAGCAACGCGCUCAUCAACACCAGGAUGAGGAUGAGCAUGAUCAUGAGCAUGAGGACCAUGAAAUUCGCUCGUUAGCAUACGAUACAGCAGCUACCGCUGCAGCACCCAGUUCCACUUCCUCGUUAGAGAAACGCUACACUCAGCAUUUUCAACAACAUGCCAGCAGCAGCAGUAGCAGCCGGCUGCAGCAUAUGAAUCGUUUACAGCUCCGCAAUUACCACGAGGAGGCACGUUCACUGCGUUCACGGUCACAGGAGCUGCAAGGUGCCGCUGCUGCCGCAGCAGCGACAGCUGUGGCGGCAUCUGUCGGUGCUGCUAAUUUGCAAACUCAUUCAAAUGUUUCUUUUGUACGGCCAACCUUCAGCAGCAAGGCCGUGGACAUGGUGAGCACCACCACGCAUGCUAACUCAACAAUCGCUGGUAACAAUGGAGCAACGGCAGCCUCCACAACGGACAAUGAGAGUCUAGCAGUUGUUGCCGCGCCCAGCAGUGCUUAUCUGAGCCAACGUCAUAUGCAUGUACCACACUCGCACACCCACUCCCACCACCAGGUGACGACACCAUCGCAACGCCUGGAAUUGAGCAAUUCGUCUACGACGGUCGCCACAGCCGGCCCAGUGGAACUGUGCGACUGCAAGACCGACUCGGAUGCCAUGUUUCUAAUGAGCCUACUGCCCGACAUACAGAAGCUGAAUGGACGCGAUCGAGGCAAAAUUAAAAUAGCUUUCCAAAACAUAUUGCAGGACUACUUGUAUCCCGACUAAGUGCGACUCUAAGUCAUAACUGGCUGCUAGUUAAGAUCUCCCAGCUCUAUUCUGUGUAUACAAUUUUGCUUAUAGCAUGCACAAAUUAAGUUUGUCGAUUGGCCUAGCCGAUAGUUUUCAUUAUUAAUUGAUAUGCGCAAUUCCUUAAAGCUUUGCUGUGCAAAAAAAAAAGAAGAAAAGAAAAACAAAGUAUCCUUAAAUUGUACUUAAA